UUUUAGAAUACAUUUAAAGCUGUAUCAGCUAGAAAUCCAAAUAUUGAUUUACCAUCGCUUUUUAUUACUUCUGAUAUACCAUAUUGGGGUAUUACAGAAUGUGGUUUUAAUUACUCAGAAGUAGAUAGUUUGUCAAAUUCCAAAGAUGUUUUAAUGAAAUUAGCUGAUUGUUCGCCGUGCAAAAAUGUUCAUAAAGUUCAAGCUCCUACACUUUUAUUACUGGGUGAAAAAGAUUUACGUGUUCCUCCGUCUCAAGGUCUUGCAUAUUACCAUCUUCUUAAAAAGCAUGGUGUUACAGCUAGAGUGUUGAUGUACGAUGACUGCCAUUCAUUAAGCACUGUUGCUGCUGAAAUGGAUAGUUCAAUAAACUCUGUAUUAUGGUUUAAAAAAUAUACAGAUGAUGAUUCUGAAUAGCCAUACUAGCAUAAUAGUAUAGUAUAGGUAUAAUUACUAGUAUUUAUAAUCAAUGGUAUUCAUAGGCGCAACUAAAGGCCAAACACUGGGGGUGCUAAAAUUAUGCAGAAGAAAUAGACCCGUGGGGGCAAGCCCCCACACCCCCAAACACCUACCAUACAACA